AUGGUCAGUUUUGAUGUUCAGUCACUAUUCACAUGCCUACCUAUUGAAGACUGCAUCUCAAUUGUUACUAGAAAGCUAGAAGAUAACAACAUGCCUACAGAAUAUGCAGUAUUACUCAAACACUACCUCAUAUCUGGCUAUUUAUUGUGGAAAGAAGAGUUCUACAUGCAAGUAGACGGAGUGGCAAUGGGCUCACCUGUAUCUCCCGUAGUCGCCGACAUAUUCAUGGAGGACUUUGAGGAGAAAGCCCUUCUUACUGCUCCUUUAAAUCCAAGAUUCUACAAGCGGUACGUAGACGAUACUUUCAUAAUUUUACCAUCUGACAAAGUAACUGCAUUUUUAAACCACCUUAAUGCCAUAAAACCUAAAAUACAAUUCACAAUGGAGUUAGAGGCAAACAAUACUUUAGCUUUUCUAGAUGUUUUAGUCAUCCGAAAUCCUGAUAACACUAUUGGUCAUACUGUGUACAGAAAAAAUACCCAUACCGACCGAUAUUUAAAUGGUGAAUCUCACCAUCAUCCUUCACAGUUAGCUACCGUGGGAAAAUCUUUGUUUCAGAGAGCACGAGGGAUCUGUGACAAAAAACAUCUGGCCGCCGAGCUUCAGCACGUCGAGCAAGUACUGCAAGACAACAAGCUUCGGGUCCCGCGCCUACGUCACAGUGACCGAGUGAAGCCAGCCAUAGUCGAGCGUGUGCCUGCUGUACUACCCUAUGUCAGAGGAGUCACAGACAAGGUUGGCUACAUCUUGAAGCGAGCUUCCAUUAAUACGUACUUCAAGCCGCUGAAGAAGAUUGGUCAAUUUUUACCAUCCGUCAAGUGUCAUAUCCCUCUACAAGAUGCAGGAGUGUACAAGCUGGAUUGUGAAUGUGGUCUCUCGUACAUAGGACAAACAAAAAGAUCUAGUAAAACCCGCGUUAAAGAACAUAUAGCUGACGUGAAGCACCGACGUAUCGGGAAGUCUGCAGUUUGUGAACAUGUUCAAGAUCGUCCCCGCCAUUACAUUAGAUUUGAUAGACCACAAAUCCUCGCAAAAGAACACCGAUUCCUCCCAAGGAUGAUUCGCGAGGCUAUUGAAAUUAAAAAAACAUCCUAA